AUGGACAGACUUCGGCGGGAAAUAUCUCAGGUAAUGGAAGAUUCCGAAUUCCCUACGAGAGAGCAACUCAGACAAAUGCCGUAUCUUGACUGUGUCAUCAAAGAAAGCCUUCGCCUCUAUCCACCUGUACCUCUGAACAACAGAACCGCUAGAAGGACAACUAUUCUUCCCGUUGGCGGGGGGGACGAAGGUCUCGAUCCUAUACUCGUCCGGAAAGGUGAACUUGUCGUUUUCUCGCAAUAUGUCAACUCACGGGUGAAGAGCAUAUAUGGCCAAGACGCACACGAUUUUAGACCAGAUCGCUGGGAAUCUGGCGAGCUGACGAACAUAGGAUGGGCAUACUUCCCUUUCAAUGGGGGCCCGAGGCGAUGCCUGGGAGAAGACUUUGCGCUCAUGGAAAUCUCAUACACUAUUGUGAGCUGA